UUCGACAGUUUAUUCGUCAGUUUAUGGUGGCACUUCACGUUUUGAGCAUCAAUAACUUCUGAUUGCAAGGAUUUGUAGAUAACAUCAGUGUUGGAACACAAUAUGAAUGGAUAGAUCACUUACUGAAUUAUUGCUUAUAUCGAAGAAAAAUGAUUUUAAUUAUAUUCCUAAUAUUCACAAAUUUUCAUGAUACCACAGGCCGUACAGAAGAAGCUGUUUCGAGUAUAUCGAUGAGCAAACGCCCAAUAGAUGAGGACUCAAUUGUUGGCAAUCUGGAGGAUACUCUUUACCCGAGGCACUAUGAACCGCCUGUUGAUUCUGUUGAAACAAGUGAGUCUCCACUCACUACACCAAGGCCUACUUUUUUUACGACGCGACGACCUACAACAAAGGGAACAAAGCGACCUCGGCCUACAACGACAACAUGGAGUUGGACAAAGAGUACGAAGCGAUCUCGGCCUACAACGAAAAAAUGGUCUACGACAGAGGAUGAUACUGGAAGUUGGCCUACAACAACAAAAUGGCUAACCACAGAGGAUGAUACUGGAAGUUGGCCUACAACGACACAAGGGCCUACAACAGAAGAUACUACUCGAACUUGGCCUACAACGACACAACAGAGGCCUAUGACAGAGCGUACUACUCGACCUUGGUCUACAAUGCCAAUAUGGACUGCUUCUUCACCACAGACCGCCAAUGAAUCUGGGAUUACUGCAAACAGUACAACUUGGUUUCCGAAUAAUAACACGACUCCAAUUUCCAACACCGUUUCACCAUUGAACCAUAUAAUCAAUUUCCUUUAUAACAUCCAAACGUCUUCCCUUACUAUCAAUAACUAUUACAAUUAAAAUUUUGAAUGAG